AUGGCUGAGAAUUUGAACGAAUUCUGGAGUGAAAAAAUGAAACGUCUUUUCUAUCUUUAUGAUAUUGACAGAGAUGGUUCGAUAACUCCGGCAGAUUUUGAAAUUCUUGCGGAUAAACUGUCGACACUUGUUGGCCAAGAUGAUGAGAAACGUCGCGAAGAGUAUGCUACAGCUCGAAAAGCACUCUGCCAAGAAAUCAUGCGUGCUGAUGCAAACCAAGAUGGUAAAGUAACAUUAGAAGAAUGGUUGGAUUUUCAUCGACGUCUUGCCAACGAAUUGCGUAAACCAGGUGCUAAUCCUGAUUUAUUACCACAAUUAACUCAACGAAUCAACACAACAUUUAACAUGCUCGAUCUCAAUCAUGAUGGUCAUAUCGCCCGAGACGAAUGGGUGAAAACUUGCCAAUUCUUUGGCGUAGACAAAGAUACCGCUGAUCAAUCAUUCACUCAAGUAGCGCACGGCGAUAAUCUGGAAGAAAGCGUUGCGAAGAAGAUGUUUUUUGAUUACAUAAAAACGGAUGAUCCGGAUCAUAUAUCGAAUUGUUGCUUAUGCUUUCUCUGA